UAAGUUUGGUGCACAUUUUAAUCACAUAACUUUUACUGUCAUGGAAUAAAUCAUUUUAAUGAGAUCAUUAAUCUCUAACUCCAAUUAUUUCUUUUACAGCGGAAAGCUAUUGAAAGAUUUUGUGCAGAGGUAAAAAGGCUGUGCCACGUGAAAAGAGGAAGGAUUUUGUGUCGGAAGCCUACUUGCUCACCCUAGGAAAAUUUAUCAAUAUGUUUACGGGGCUAGAUAAACUGAAAAACAUGAAAUCAAGUGUGAAAAAUGAUUACUCUCCCAAUCGCCGUGCCGCCCAGUUCUUGAAAGUUAUGGCAGCUUCACACACCCUGCAGGAGUCGCAGAAUUUAUCCAUAUUUCUCGCCACACAGGACAAAUUUUGAGACAUGGUGAAAGAGAAUUUGGAAUAAAUAAUCGGUUACGAAGAGCUUCUGUCCAAUCUUGUCAAUCUGUGUGUGCACAUGUUCGAAACAAAAAUGUACCUAACACCCACCGAAAA